CUCGGGCACGCAACUCGUCUCUCCCUGCCGAUCUCCGCCCACCUCUCCCUCCCCCAUACCAUCCCCCCCUCUCCCUCCCACUCCGAGGCCCGACCCGACCCGGCCCGCCGGAACCCUAGCCUCCCCGCCCCCCGCCUCCGCCCGAUCUCCCGAUCGCCGGAUUCGUGCCGCCGCGGGAUGGACUCGGACGUGGAGAUGAACGCCGCCAGCGACGAGGAGGUGAUGGACGACGAGGACUACUACGACUACUGCGACAGCGACAUGGGCGAUGACGGCGACGGCGGGAGCGAGGAGGAAGAGGAGCUGGUGGCCGGGGACUACGACGAGGGCAUCGAGGCCGAGGGGACCGACGAGGUGGUGUCUAGGCGUGAGCAGACAUUUGUGGUUUUAAACGAAGAAGUUAUAUCUGAGCGUCAAGCGGAAGAUGUAAGCAAGGUAUCUGCCGUGUUGUUGAUCACAAGGGAAGAGGCGUGUGCCCUCCUGCAUCACUAUAAAUGGAACAUCAGCAAGUUGAGUGACGAAUGGUUUGCAGAUGAAGAAAAAGUCCGCCAUACUGUUGGCUUACUUUUGAAUGGAAAUCAUGAUCCCUGCUCUAGGAAGCUAACUUGUGGAAUAUGUUUUGAAGGGUAUUCUUCUGAUAUGAUGAGCUCCGCUGGUUGUGCUCAUUUUUAUUGCCAUGAAUGCUGGGAAGGCUACAUUAGUGCUGCAAUAGGUGGUGGUCCAGGAUGUUUGUCAUUGAGAUGCCCUGAUCCAUCAUGUAGUGCUAUGGUUCUUCAAGGGAUGAUUAAUAAAUUAGCUAAAGAUGAGGAUAAAGAAAAAUAUGCACGAUUUCUCUUACGUGCAUAUGUUGAAGGUAGCAAGAAGACUAAAUGGUGUCCAGCUCCUGACUGUACAUGUGCUGUGGAGUUUCUUGGUGAUGAAAACUAUGAUGUCUCAUGCAAUUGCAAGUUCAGCUUUUGCUGGAAUUGCACUGAGGAAGCUCAUCGACCAGUGAACUGCGAGACUGUUUCUAAGUGGAUAUUAAAGAACAGUGCAGAAUCUGAAAACAUGAACUGGAUACUGGCUAAUUCUAAGCCCUGUCCGAAGUGCAAACGGCCAAUAGAGAAAAACCAGGGAUGCAUGCAUAUGACAUGCACCCCUCCUUGCAAAUUCGAAUUUUGCUGGUUAUGUCUGGGCGCAUGGUCAGAUCAUGGAGAGAGAACAGGUGGCUUUUAUGCUUGCAAUCGUUAUGAAUCAGCAAAGAAAGAGGGAGUUUAUGAUGAGACUGAAGCAAGGAGGGAAAGAGCUAAGAACUCUCUUGAGAGAUAUAUGCAUUACUAUGAACGCUGGGCAUCCAAUCAGACAUCGAGGCAGAAGGCCCAAGCAGAUCUGCUAAAAGCGGAAAAGGAUCAGCUUGCAAAUUUAACUGACAUUUUUGGGAUACCAGAGACCCAGCUUAAGUUCAUAAUUGAAGCUUGGUCACAGAUUAUAGAAUGCAGGCGAGUGCUGAAAUGGACAUAUGCUUAUGGCUACUAUCUGGAUGAUAAGGUCAAGAGUGAAUUUUUUGAGUAUCUGCAAGGUUUGUUAUUUCUAUUUCAUGUUGAAAUUAUUACUGUGUUUAUAAUUGCUUGUGGGAACUCUUGGAACAUCAGUGAAUUCUAUGUAUUGACAGGUGAGGCUGAGUCUGGCUUGGAACGUCUUCAUCAGUGCGCUGAGAAAGACUUGCAAAAAUUUUUGCCUUCUGUGAAAUCUGACAGCACUGAAACGACGGCACCAACACCGGAUGAAUUUAGUGAAUUCCGCGUAAAGCUUGCUGGGCUCACAAGCGUUACUCGUAAUUACUUUGAGAACCUUGUUCAAGCUUUGGAAGCUGGGUUGGAGGAUGUCCGUGCCACUGCCCAGGCUGCUGGUACAUCCAGCGCUGCCACCAGCUCCAAGAAAGGAGGAACUAAAUCCAAGAAGAAGCAGCCCACUAAGCCAUCAUCUGACCACACUGAUGAUGGGUGGCCCUGCGAGCGCUGCACAUUUCUUAACCCUCCCUCAGUGGAUGCGUGCAGCGUCUGCGAAAAGAGUAGGUACUAGAUGAUGGAAUAGCUCAAAGGGAGGCACCCCAAGAAAAGCUCAAAGUUCAUGAGAAGGAGGGGCGCUUUAGAUCCAGCAUCAGAUGCUGAGCUUCCAGCAGCUGCAAUGGUGUACAGAGAGUUAUUUAAGGGCCUCAAAUGGUUGGAAACGGAGUGAAGGCUCAAAUGUUUACGUGUGUGUGGUGGUUGGGUGGGGUUCAUUUGGUUUCCUAGUUCGUUUCUGUUGUUCCUUGUAAAUAUUAGUUGUGAAGUGGUAACCUGUGUGUUAUGUGGUGGGUUUUGCUUCUGACCAAUCUGUGAAAUUGAACUUUCACAAAACUGAUGGGAGGUAGCUCUGUUUAUUCCCUCGUAAUUGCGGGCAGGGCCUUUGUCUGUUAUCUAAUGACUGGUUACUUGCCAUCUGCUAGUGCUGGUAAAUAUUACUCCAAACCGAACAUCGCCUGAUUUCUGUUUUCCCAUAUAUAGAACAUAAACUGUAACCUCAA